CGGCGCUGAGGGGAGCGGCCGCCGGGGGAGCGCGGGGCCGGCCGGGACCCCCCGGGUGAGUGUGCGGCUGCCCGGGACAACCCCCCCCCCACCAAGGUGAAGGUGGUACUGCCCAGGACCCCCCCCAAGCCUGGCCCUAAGUGAACAGUGACCCGUCAAACGUCGUCUUGGGAAUUACGAAGAGCAUUCGUCCAGAAGCGGGUUAUUCAGUGAUCCCGUGGGUCUGCGCACCCGCCGAGUGGGCUGUAACCUCUGCCUUCCCAGGGAUCUGUGGCCAUGGAGGACGUGGAGUCGCGCUUCCUGCACCUUCUGCAGCCCAUCCGUGACCUCACCAAGAACUGGGAGGUGGACGUGGCUGCCCAGCUCGGCGAGUACCUGGAGGAGCUGGACCAAAUCUGUAUUUCCUUUGAUGGCGGCAAAACCACUAUGAAUUUCAUAGAAGCAGCUCUGUUAAUCCAGGGCUCUGCCUGCAUUUACAGUAAGAAGGUGGAAUAUCUCUAUUCUCUAGUUUACCAGGCACUUGACUUCAUUUCCAACAAAAAACGGGAAAAGCAGCCCAGCUCUGUAGGGGAGGAUGGCAAAGAUGCUGAUGCAAGCUUUGGGACUGAGGAAGAAGAGCAGUUCCUUUCCCUGGAUGACAUCAGAGACACCAGCCAGGCGAGCGUGGACAUGAGGAAGGAUUAUCAGCCCAAUACUGUGGACAUUGUUCCCUUGACGCCGAUGGCUUUGGUUCCUCCAGAAGAGGCUGAGAAGAGAAACAACCCUCUGUUCAGCCGGAAGGGGGAGAUCUUAGCCAGCAGGAAGGAUUUCCGGAUGAACACAUGCACCCCUCAUGCCACUGGAGCCUUCAUGCUGGAGCUGGCAGGCCUUUCUCCCACGUGCUUCUUGCAGGAAAGGCGCCACGAAGGGAAUCCCGACAGAGCAGUAGGUGCUCUCGGUGAUGGGAAGGAGCCCACGCGUCUCAGCACUUGUGGGGCACCCAUCCCGGUGCUGAACUUCUCUGAAGACGGAGGUGCUGCAGGACCAGAUGAUGACAACAACUGUGACGAUGACUUGCCUGUGGCCCCAGAGGACAACGUGGAAAUGACUCCAGCCGUUGACGAACACAUUGAGCCGCAGAGGAGUGCACCCCAGGCAAAAGGGUACGUGCUGCGGGACCGAGCCGCUGCUGAGGACCCCAAAGCCCACAUUAAGGAAAUGCUGGAUCCCUGGCAAAGCCUUGACCCAUUUGGUGAUUCUGAAGACAAGCCAUUUAAGAAAGGAAGGCCCUUUGUCGUGCCACGUGGCCUGGACGAAGUGGCUGGUAGCAAGCGGAAAAGGAAAGGACCACGAAAGCUUCAGGACUUCAUGAAAUGGUUCUCUGUAACCUAUAACAACGUAGCUGAUGGCAGAAGAACCAUGAGGAGAGGACCAACAUUUGCUGAUCUGGAGGUGCUGUACUGGAAGCAGCUGAAGGAGCGGUUUGCUGCGCAGAGGAAGCUGCAGCAGAGAAUGGAGCCGCUGCUAGCACAGCACAAGCUGGCAGCGGGGGCUGAGGAGGAGCUGAAUGUGCUGGAAGAGGAACGUGGGGACAGCUGUGAUGAAGGAGCAGGUGACUUUGGGGAGCACGAAGAUAUCCAGCUCGAGGCCCCAGAGGAGCUGGUUGAAGGAGCCGUGGGCCCCUGCGACUUGGACUCGCCGAGCUACGAGGAGCUGGUGAGGAGGAACGUGGAGCUGUUCAUCGCCAACUCCCAGAAGUACGCGCAGGAGACGGUGCUGUCCCGGCACGUCCGGGAGUGGGAGGAGAAGAUGGGGCCGCUGCUGCAGGAGCAGGAGGAGCGAGCCACCUUCGAUAUCCACCGCUACGGGGACCAGCUGGUGUCCUGCUUCAGCGGCGUGGGCGAGUGGCGCUCCUUCGCCAGCCUGGUGGCCGGCAAGCCCGACUUCGAGGUGUGCCGGUACAUGCUGGCCUCGCUGCAGCUGGUGAGUGCAGAGGGGGCGGCGGGCGCCCGAGCCCUGCCCUGCCCCGGCGAGGGCUGGCGGCCCCCGCGCAGCCCACCCUUACCCGCUGCUCCCUGCCCCCAGGCCAACGACUACACGGUGGAGAUCUCCCAGCAGCCGGGCCUGGAGGAGGCGGUGGACACCGCGCGGCUCCGGCUCCUCACGCAGGAGCGCGCGCACGAGCGGUUCCACACCUACAAGGCCCCCUCCGUGGCCGAGUGAGCGCGCUGGCCCGGCCCGCCUCGCCCUGUACAUACGCCCCGUUCUGUACAGCCCCCCUCGCUCCGGCCCUCGGCCCCGUGCGCGGCUGCAGCAAUAAA